AUGUCUAUACUGUUUAGCGAUUUCCAAAAGGCUCAACGAAUAGGUGAUGGUCAUCUACUAGCCUCUUGCUUGGCCCCCGUGAACACCACGUCUGAUCCCAAACGAUUAUGGUCAUUCUCCCAGCUUACAAACUAUCAGGCAGUCGAAGCUGACAUAAGAUGGCAUAUAAUCCAGGACCAAAAUGCUGUCCGUCGGGAAAAAGCAGAAGCUAAUCAAUGGGUUCAAGUGUUCAUCUGCCUUUGGAAGUGCAUCAGAGAGCUAGCAAAUAUCGAGACAGGGCAAGGCGGCCGGUGGAACGUCGCUUUCCAAGCAUACAAAGAGCUUUGCGUAGCUCUCUGUCGAGGCUACUCACAUUGUGGCUUUCAAGCUUGGACAGUCCAUUGUAUGGAUGUCGCCGGUAAAUAUCUACGAGUAUUGGCGAGCAAAGCAGACUCCGAAUCCACCAACGCUGUCGAAAGCGGCAGUGGCUUCGUGAACGGUCUCUCGGACGAUGUCGCCGAAAACAGUGAGAAGAACGAAAAGCUUAUGGAGGCUGCACGUACCCUAUCACAGAUGAUCUCAACUUGCAGAAACGAUGACUCUGAUCUCGCCGAGUCACGAAAAUGGGGCAUAAUCAGCGUCGCAAACCACCUCUUCAAAACGUACUUCAAGUUGAACAACAUCAGUCUCACCAAACACGUCAUCUUGAUGCUGGAGUCACCUGGUGUCAAUCUACCACCUCUAUCUGCCUUUCCAAGAUCCCAACACUGUACUUACUCGUACUAUCGUGGUGUCCUAGAAUUUCUGAAAGAGAACUACGUCGGUGCCGAAGCACACCUUUCCGAAGCCUUGACUAUAUGCCAUCGAAAUGCCACAAAGAACCAGGAGCAAAUACUUACCUACUUAAUCCCAGCUCACAUGCUUACGAGUCAACAGCUUCCAAGCCGUGCAACGCUCGAACGACUUCCAGCUCUGAGAGAGCUAUUCCUACCACUCUGCACAGCCAUCAAGGCCGGCAAUCUAUCGGCUUUUGAUGCAGCACUCUCUGAUGCUGAGGCGGAUCUUGUGAACAAGAGAAUAUAUCUGACGCUCGAGCGGUCUAGGGAUAUGUGCAUGCGUAACCUCUGCCGGAAGGUCUUCAUGAAUUCUGGAUAUGAAGAAACUAAAGAUCCCAGCACAGGAGAAGUUACCGCCAGAACGCGGAGAACGAGGUUGAAAAUCAGUGAAUUUGAAGUAGCAGUACGUGCUGCUUACAGGAAUUCUGUUGAACCAGUCGUGAUCGAACGAGAUGAGGUCGAAUGCUUUCUUGCGAACAUGAUAUACAAGGGAUAUAUGAAGGGCUAUAUUGCCAGGGAUCAUGGCAUGGUGGUUCUGAGCAAGAAAGGCGACGCUUUCGUCGGUACUGGUGUAUGA